AUGGUGUUCAUUGACCUAGAAAAGGCAUACCACAGUGUACAGCGUAGAUUUAUUUGGGAUAGUUUGGAGAGUAGAGGGGUUCCAGGAAAGUAUGUAGACUUAAUUAGGGAUAUGUACGACAGGACUAAAACUAGUGUACGUGCGCUUGUAGGGGAUACAAAUUCCUUUCCUAUAGAGGUCGGCCUCCACCAAGGGUCGGCCUUGAGUCCGUUUCUUUUUGCGGUUGUCUUAGAUGAGUUGUCAAAGUCAAUUCAGGAGACGGUUCCAUGUAAUGUAGGCGACAAUGAUGACACUCAGAUCACCAUUGAGGGCCAAGUGGUUCCGCAGGUAACUAAGUUCAAGUAUUUAGGAUCUUUUGUUCAAAAGGAUGGGGAGAUAGAUAGUGACGUAGCGCACCGCAUACAGGUUGGAUGGUGUAAGUGGAGAGUUGCAACUGGGGUUUUAUGCGACAAGAGGUUCCCAACUAAGUUAAAGGGAAAGUUCUACAGGGUUGCAGUGAGAUCUGCUAUGUUAUAUGGGACAGAGUGUUGGGCGACCAAAAAGACACAAAUGCGCAAGAUGGAGGUAGCGGAGAUAAGGAUGUUAAGGUGGAUGUGUGGGCAUACGAGGUUGGAUCGAAUAAGAAAUGAGGUAAUUAGAGAAAGGUUAGGAGUGGCUAGGAUUUCGGAUAAGAUAAAAGAGGGGAGAUUGAGAUGGUUUGGGCAUGUGAACAAGAGGCAGUCAACGGCGCCAGUUAGAGCAGUGGAAACACUCACUGUGGAGGGUAGGAGGAGUAGAGGUUUAACACCCAAGUUGACAUGGGAUGAGCGGAUUAGACAUGAUUUACUAGAGUUGCACCUCACUGAGGACAUGGUUCAUGAUAGGAGCUCGUGGAGGCGUAAGAUUAAGGUUAAGGAUUUUUAG